AUGUCCGUCUCCCAGCGUUUAGUUGAGACUCACCAGAGACUCUUCAAAGAAGCCACCGAACAUGCAUUAACCAAACAAUGGUGCGAUGGAACUCUGGACGACAAGACCAUUUACGUCUACUUGGCGCAAGACUUGCAGUUCUUCCAGCAUGGACUUAGGAUGACUUGCAAAAUGACUUCUCUAGCACCAGAUGAACACAGUCUAGUUACGUUGGCCAAGAAAAUUGGGUUUUUCGCCAACGACGAGAACAACUAUUUCCAAAAGUGUUUGAGUUUGCUCGCGGGUGGACUUGACUCCAAGGCUGCCGAGCAUUACAAAACGUCUCAGAUUCCGGCUGUUCAGAAAUACAUUGCCCUUUUGGACAGACUCGUGGCCCAGGAUUACUCUUAUGCCAAGCUCGUCACGGUGUGUUACUGCAUGGAACUCGUCUAUAUACAAUGGCCCAAGGCCAACCCUGUCAAUGAUGAUCUGCACUGGAAAUACCAGACCUGGAUCGAUUUGCACGCAGGUGAGCAUUUUGAGACUUGGUGCCAGUUUUUGCAGGAAGAAGUUGACAAAUGCGAUUUUGACGAAGUUUCCGAAAUCUUUGGCGAGGUUCUUCAACAUGAAUACGAAUUUUUUGAUUCCUGUUACCACGAGGGUCGCUCCUAA